AUGUGGAGGCCUGUUGUAUUAGAUCUUGUAUCCAAGUGUAGGAAAGGGACUCUUCUAGAUGCUAUGAAUCUGAGUUUAUUCCAAGAGCACAGAUCUCAGAUGUUCCUCCUGAACUCUGGGUUUUCUCUGACAACAGGAGCCCACCCACAUCAAUGGGGCAUCAAGAGAAAGUUACGUGAUGUGGGACUAGAGAGAUUUGACACAGUGGAGCUGUUUGCUAAGAUUCUGCUGCCAGCCACCUUUCUACUGGCCUGCAUCCUUCAGCUUCAUUACUUUAAUGAAGACUUUCUGAAGACCACCAGUCUGUCUGAUAGUCCCAGUAGAUGGGAGAGCAUGUCGGACUGGCUUAAGGCUGCACUUUGUAAACUUCAGAAUAGACCCAGUGGGGAAAAGGAGGCAGUGCAGACCAUUGAGGACAAAAAAUGCAGUGCUUCAGAGGGUGAAUGGAGCCCCAAGGAGGAUGAAAAGCUACGGUGCACAGCACCAGCAGAGGAAGAAACGAGUGAUUGGAGCUUGGUCAUCGACAAACUGACUGUUGGUUUUCUGAAACUUCUGGAAAUGGUUCAUGGGACUCAAGUGUUUCUGUGGCGCAUUCUGGAAAUACAUGUUGUUAAGCUUGUCGUUCCAGUGGUCAUCUGGUUCACCUUGCAGGAGGUCUCUUUGAUGAAUUCCUUGUUUUACAUUGUCUGGGUGGGGGCCUUGCCCUAUUCCACAUUACGCCCUCAUGCAUCCCGUUUUUCUACUGUUUGGGCUUGUGUGAUAGUGAUCUGUAAGAUGAUGUACCAGCUGAAAUCUGUUGUGCCCUCUGCCUACUCUUCCAACUGCACAGAAGUGUGGCAAGGAAACAGCACACAGCUACCUGCCCCCCCUGAUGAAGAAUCUAUUUUCUCCCAGCAACUGGUCGACCCGGCAGAGUGGCUUGGAGCAUUAAGAAAAUGUGAUGACAAAGUGUUGCCUUGUCUGAAGAGCCAGCUCUGCAUCUUGGCCCUCAUGACUUUGGAAGUGACAGUGAGUCUCCAUCAGAGAUAUUACCGUCUCCAUCAUCAGCUGCAGGAGCCCCUCACAAGCACCAUCUCUGACUCCAUUACUCGAGCACAACUUGAUGAAGGACUGCUCCUUGCUUUGAAGUACUUUCUCAACUAUGGAUUUUACAAGUUUGGACUUGAGCUGUGUUUUGUGGCUGCCCUCAAUGCCAUAGGGCAGCGCAUGGAUUUCUACUCCCUCAUCCAUGGCAUUUGGCUGAUUUAUUUGCUGUAUCUUCGGCGGAGGAAAGCAAUUGCUGAGGUCUGGCCUAGAUACUGUGGUUUUCUUGUCGGUCUUGCAAUCUUUCAAUAUUUUCUGUGCCUUGGGCUACCACCUACUUUCUGCACAGAUUACCCAUGGAGAACCACAAGUACAGAAAUACAUUCAAAUCUCAUUAAGUGGUUGUAUCUUCCAGAUUUUGCCAAGAAGCCGGAUGCCAAUUUGUUACUCUUUGACUUCCUGCUUCUUCUUGCUGCCUCCCUGCAAUGGCAAGUGUUUGUGGAUGAGAAUAAACCAUCAAUGAGAAUGCAGGCAGGUGAUAAUGUGGAGAUCAGCCGAGAUCUAAGGCCAGAAGACAUUGCCCAGAUCAGCCCUGUUCCCAACUUUAUCUUCUGCCGGUCUUAUCUGGACAUGGUGAAAGUUGCUAUUUUCCACUAUCAUUUCUGGUUUGUACUUUGCCUGGUAUUUCUUGCGGGAACCACUCGAAUCAAUGUCUUGGGUGCUGGUUACCUGGUGGCCUUUGGGUACUUCAUGGUGCAGGGAAGCUGCCUCCUUUUGAAGCCUGUGAAGUUUAUUCUCCGGCCGUGGGACUGCCUGAUUGGCUACUCUGUACUGGUGGUUGCUAUGAAGACUUUCUUGUCGGUUGGUGCAUGUGUAUACCUGGAAGUCUUACUUGUCUCCCACUGUUGGCUGGUGCAUAGUUUUGGCUUGUACUGUACAGUUAGUGGGUACCAAAUAGACUUCCCUGAGGAUGAAUCCUGUGAACUCCCAGAGAAGGAAGCAGGGAUCCUUUGGGAUGCCAUAUGCUUUGCCUUUCUGCUCAUCCAGCGCCGAAUCUUCUUGAGCUACUACCACCUUUACGUGGUUGCUGACCUGGUAGCCAGCAAAGCUAUAGCACCCAGAGGUGCUGAAAUGUUGGAGCUGUCCUCAACCAAAGCAUGGGAACGCUCUGAAGAAGAUGAGAAAAAGUCCCGAUUGGUCAUCAACAAACAGAUGGAGAAAAUCAAAGCAAAGCAAAAGAAAAUUGAGGCUAUGCAGCAAGCCAGCAGGAAUCCUGUUGACCUGGCUGUUGGCACUCAUGGUCUGCCCAGAGAGGAGACUGCAGGGCUGGCUGGCACUGGAGAUGACACUGGUAUGAUUGAAAAUGAGGAAGAGAAAAAAUGGUGGCAGCCUUGGGUGAAGCAUCCUUCUAUGGUCCUUGAUGGCAGCUAUAGCCUUUUCGAGACUGACAGUGAGGAAGAGGAAGCAGCAGAAGGCAGUGAUGCAGAAACAAAAGACCACCGACCAAAACCUAAAACAGCUUUUCAGCUUGCACAUGAUGCUUGGACAAACAGCUCCCGGUCAGCUCUCAGGAUGAGGAGACAGGAUGAAGGAGGGAUGGAGAGAGACAUGAGAGAAGAAGAGAGGACCCAGCGGCGCCACUCUGGAGGAGGUGAGAGGCUGUCAACUUGUGAGGCCGAAGCUGAGGCUGGAGCAGAGCAUUUAGAUGAACCUGAAAGUAGGACCCGGAGGCUCCUCUCUGUGGCCCAGUUCUCCUGGGUGUUGGGCAAGGUGUUUCUGGAUGAUAUUACAGAGGCCCUGGGCAACCUGAGCAAAGAGAGUGGCACUGUCAUGGCGGCCUUGCGAAAGGAGCGGUGUGUGUGGUGGAGAGCUGUCAGUAAGGGGAAAAAGACCACCACAGACAACAUUCUGAGAUACUGCCAUUCCCCAGUGCAAGAGACUCCAUCAGCAGCAGCCCCAGACAGGAAGGAAGAGGGGCAGGUGGGGCCUCCAGGUAGCAAAGACCUACCUGCAUCUCAAGAGCUGAUCCAGGGAGAGAUCCAAUUGCCAGAUGAAACAGAAAAAGUAGCAACCACAGGAUAUCAAUGCAGAAGCACAGGAAGCUCCAGGCUGGACCCUCCCAUGGAGGAGCAGAAGAACUCUAUCAUGGAGGGAGCUGUUGACACCUACAUCCAAGGAUCCUACCUACCCCAGGAAUAUCUCAGGAUGCCCCGGGACCUUGAACUGGAGCAGUCAGACAACUUUUACCGGAGGCUGCCACGUCUGGUGAGGCUGGCCUUUGCCUUGUACCAGGUGGCCCUGUCCAAGUCUGAGCUGCUGUGCUAUUUCAUGAUCAUUCUGAAUCACACACUCUCAGCAUCAAUCCUGACCAUGAUUUUUCCCGUCUUAUCUUUCCUGUGGGCCAUGCUUUCAAUCCCAAGGCCCUCCAGACGAUUUUGGAUGGCAGCCAUCUACUACACAGAGGCCACUGUCAUGAUCAAGUAUUUUUCACAGUUUGGAUUCUUACCCUGGACCACAAAGCGGUAUGCUGGCAUAAGUAGGGAAAAACCAUUUUCUCUGCCAAACAUAAUUGGGAUUGAGAAGAAGGAUGGCUAUGUCCUCUGUGACCUCCUGCAGCUGCUGGUUCUGUUCUUCCACCGCUCUACCAUGAAGGUGUGGCUCUGUGGGUCAUGGCUAAUGAGUAAAAUUCUUCACCAUUUGUGAUUGAAGCCAGAGGUCACGUGACUUGGGAAACUGCAGUUUGGCUCCUGCCUGGGUACCUCACAGCAACAAGACCAAAUCAUUAUGUUUCUGAUGCCCAGGUUAACCUCUGGUCAUAUUGCUGCUCUGUUCCCUGUUUGAAUGUUUUCUUUUAAAUGAAGUUUCAAAUCACUUGA